ACAUCACUUGUCUCAGUCAUCAUCUAACGUUACGGGGACCACCUGCAGAAAACGCUGUAAAAUGUGUGGUAUCUGGGCUUUGUUUGGCAGCGAUGAAUGCCUGUCAGUUCAGUGCACCAGCGCCAUGAAGAUCUCUCACAGGGGCCCCGACGCCUUCCGCUUUGAGAACGUCAAUGGCCUCACCAACUGCUGUUUUGGCUUCCACCGGUUGGCUAUUGUGGACCAGCUGUAUGGCAUGCAACCCUUACGCAUCAAGAAGUUUCCUUUCUUGUGGCUUUGCUACAAUGGAGAGAUUUACAACCAUCUCACGCUGAGGAAGCACUUUGACUUCGAUCACCAGACUCAAGUGGAUGGUGAGAUUUUGCUCCAUCUGUAUGACCGCUUUGGCAUCCAGGAGAUGGCGUCUCUGCUGGAUGGCGUCUUCGCUUUUAUUCUGCUGGACACCGCCAACAGAAAAGUCUUCUUGGGAAGAGAUACGUACGGAGUCCGGCCUUUGUUCAAACUCCUCACAGACGAUGGAUUCCUUGCAGUCUGCUCAGAGGCCAAAGGACUUACAGACAUUACCCAUGCAAUGGCUACCCCUGCCACCAUCGUUCCCUUUCUUCCUGGGCACUUUGAGGUCUUUGAUUUGAAGCAGAACGGCAAAGUUCAGUCCAUCCGAAUGGAGCAGUUUCACUGCUGCACAAAAGAGCCCGCUCAUGCCAAAUACGACACUGUGGAGAGACUGCCGUCAAGUUUUGAUGAGGAAACGGUGAAAAGCAACAUCAGAACACUGUUUGAGAACGCAGUGAGGAAACGUCUCAUGGCUCACAGGAGAAUUGGCUGUCUCCUGUCAGGUGGUCUGGACUCCAGUUUGGUUGCUGCUACACUGGUGAAGCUGGCCAAGGAGGAGAAGCUGCAGUAUCCCAUCCAGACAUUUUCAAUCGGGUCAGAGGACAGUCCAGACAUUAUAGCUGCUCGCAAGGUUGCGGCUCACAUUGGCAGUGAGCACCAUGAGGUGAACUUCACUGCAGAAGAAGGGAUCCAAGCUGUAGAGGAGGUCAUCUUUCACCUGGAGACCUAUGACAUCACCACCAUACGUGCCUCUGUCGGGAUGUACUUGGUGUCAAAGUACAUCAGGGAGAAGUCGGACAGUGUGGUGAUCUUCUCUGGAGAGGGCUCGGAUGAGUUGACUCAGGGAUACAUUUACUUCCACAAGGCUCCAACUCCCAAAGCAGCUGCAGAGGACAGUGUUCGACUGUUAAAGGAACUUUACCUGUUUGACGCCCUCCGUGCUGAUCGCACCACUGCUGCACAUGGUCUGGAGCUCAGAGUGCCUUUCCUGGAUCACAGAUUCACAGCGUACUACCUUUCUCUGCCUGAGGAGAUGAGGGUUCCCAAGCACGGAGUGGAGAAGCAUCUGCUGAGGGAUUCCUUCAAAGAUCUCAGCCUGAUCCCGGAUGAGAUCCUGUGGAGGCGCAAAGAGGCCUUCAGUGAUGGUAUGAUGUCUGUGAAGAAGUCCUGGUACGUCCACCUGCAGGAGCACCUGGAGUCUAUGGUGAACGAUGACCAGAUGGAGAAGGCUCGCAAGACAUUUCCUCACAACCCUCCAACCAACAAAGAGGCCUACUAUUUCAGACAGGUGUUUGAGAAACACUACCCGGGACGAGCUGACUGGCUCUCCCAUUUUUGGAUGCCACGCUGGAUCAACGCCACCGACCCAUCGGCUCGAACCCUGGCUAUCUAUAAACCUGAUAAAGACCAGUGAUUGACUGGAGCAGCUGUGUGCCGCAGUCACUGAGCAGUAUGUUAGGGGAUUCUACAUGUGUCAUACUUAGCCUGACUCUGUUAAACUCAGAUUCAGUUUAACUUGGCUAACUAGUCAUACCGAGCUUCUUACCUCGAAUGAAGUUCGUCACACUGUGAUGGAGUUUGUCAGACUCUGACUCAGCAGCACUGCGUCACACAUAGGAGAUGUACCA